AUGAACGGCAACCACGUCAAUGGAGACGCGAAGCCUAACAAUGAACGUAUACAAAUCAUCAACGACGAGAAACAAUUUACGCCAGAGUUGACCCACCAGGUAGAGCGGUGGGGCCUGCAGAAUGCCGGUUUCGACUACGAUAUUGUCGCAGUAUUUGGAUCACAGUCUACUGGCAAAAGUACACUGCUAAACCGCCUAUUCGGCACUAACUUUGACGUCAUGGACGAGACAAGACGGCAGCAGACUACGAAAGGUAUAUGGAUCUGUAGAGGCAAGGGUAUGAACGCCAUGGUCAUGGACGUGGAGGGUACAGAUGGGCGAGAGCGAGGAGAGGACCAGGACUUCGAGAGGAAAUCUGCUCUCUUUUCGCUUGCCUCAUCCGAGGUGCUCCUCGUCAAUCUGUGGGAACAUCAAGUCGGUCUGUACCAGGGUGCCAAUAUGGGACUGCUCAAGACUGUAUUUGAGGUGAACCUCGGGUUAUUCGGCAAGAAGUCGGCGGAUGGUCGCAACCAGCGAACACUCUUGUUAUUCGUCAUUCGAGACCAUAUCGGCACGACGCCGCUCGCGAACUUGCAAGCCACGCUCAGCGCCGACAUGCAGAAGAUCUGGGAGUCGCUGUCCAAACCACCAGAGCUGCAAGACCGUCAGCUCUCCGACUACUUUGACCUCUCUUUCGCCGCACUCCCACACAAGGUGCUCGAGGCGCAGAGGUUUGAGAGCGAGGUGGCAGAGCUCAGGAAGCGGUUCGUGGACAAGUCGAGAGAGGACUACGUGUUCAAGCCUGCUUACCACAAGCGCAUCCCGGCUGAUGGUGUGGCGUUCUACAUGGAAGGCAUCUGGGAACAAGUCCAGAGCAACAAAGAUCUGGACCUGCCUACACAGCAGGAGCUGUUGGCGCAGUUCCGUUGCGACGAGAUCUCCAGUGCGGCGCUUGUCGAGUUCAACGAACAAGCGAAGCCUCAACGGAAACCGAUCGAAUCGGGCAAGGUCGUGGAGGGCCUCGGUGGCAUGAUGCGGAAUUGGCGUACCGCAGCCUUGACCCGCUACGACCGCGAUGCCUCGCGAUAUCACCAAGGCGUCUACAGGCGCAAGCGCGUGGACCUCGUUGGCGUGCUCGACUCGACGCUCUCGCCGCUCUUCCUCGGGCAGCUCAAGAAUCUGCACAAGGCAUGUCUCGUCGCGUUCAAAGACGAAAUGCACAAAGGUAUGCGCGGCGAAGGCUACAACUUUGCCGACAUUGUCACCGCAGCGCGGGCUCGCUGUGCGAAGCGCUUCGUCGAAGGUGCGACGGAGGCGCUUGUGGAGGGUACGGAUUGGUCAUAUGACGAGGAGUACGAGCUGUUGCAGCAGGAGAUCAGGAGCGUGGCGAACCAGUGCAGGAAGGAUGAGACGAAGAAGAUGGUGAACACGAUCGAGCGGAACUUCAAGAAGCAGAUCUCGGAACCUGUUGAGCUGGCUCUCAACAGACCUGAACAUGACAUGUGGGACAAGAUCCUCAAGGCGUUCCGUGAGAACCUCGCGAAGGCAGAGUCAUCAUACCUCGUGAAAGCGAAGAGCUUCGACUGCACGGACGAGGAGAACGAGAGUGCGCUCGCGUCUCUACGGAAGCGUGCCUGGCUGGCGUUCCGAGCCAAGAUCGAGGAGCAGACGACCGACGCGGCGUUCCUCACCAAGCUCCGCACGUACUUCGAGGAGCGCUUCCGGUACGACGAGAACAACAUCCCGCGCGUCUGGAGACCCGGAGAUGAUAUCGACGGUGCCUUCAAGAAGGCGAGAGACCAGACACUCGAGCUCGUCCCUCUUUACGCAAAGAUCCACCCCGUCGACCCCUCGCUUGAGUUUACACUGCCCUCGGAGACAUCCGACUCGCUCUCGGAAGCAGCAGACGACUUCGACUUCCCUGCGACGCUCGUGAUCUUUACGGAGACGAAGAUCCUAGACGUCAUGGCGCGCUUUCGGCGCGACGCGGACGCGUACUACGUCGAGGCGAAGCGGAGCACGGUCUCGAGCGUCGCGCAGAUCCCGUACUGGAUGUACGGUGUGCUCGUCGUGCUCGGGUGGAACGAGGCGAUGGUCGUGCUGUUCAAUCCGUUCUACUUCGCGAUGCUGGCGCUGUUGAUUGCGUUCGCGUACAUAAGCCUCCAGCUUGGUUUGGUGGGCCCGAUGUUGCAAGUGGGUAGGACCGUCGGGAAUGAGAUUCAUCGCCAGGCCGACAGACGCCUCCGCGAACACUUCUCACAGCCAACAAUUACACAACCCGUGCGUGCGCAACGCGCGGAUGGCGACGAGGUCGAGCGGGAGCUCCGGCGGAGGAAGGCGGAGCCGAUGUAG